AUGUCUUCCAACAAUGACAAUAUCAUGGCUCGAUUCCUCUUCGCGAUACUGCAGCAGAAAAACCUCAAAGAUAUUGACUGGAAUGCUGUUGCCCACAACCCAAUAUUGGCCCAGGAGAUCACAAACGGCCAUGCUGCCCGAAUGAGGUACUCCCGAUUCCGUAAUUCCCUGCUGAAUAUUGAGCCUCAACGACGAAACCGAGCGGGCGCCAACAAGUCGAAGAUCACCAAAUCCAAGAAGGAAAAGACAAAGAAGGAGAAUGAUCAGCCCAUCAAGCACGAUCCGAGCGCAUCACCGGACACACAACAGCAAGAGUCCAAAGCGCCGUCACCAAAGGUCAAGGGCGAGGCUUUGGUCAAGAGAGAAAUCCAACAGACGCCCUCCGAGGCUUGCAUCGCUCCAGCCGAAAUGCCACCCAACUCCCUCCCCGACACCCAUAUGGAAUUCCACAACCGGCUCCUAACGCCUUGCAGCGAUACCGACCUCUUCGCCAUGUCUCACGGGUAUGCCACUAGCCCUGCGAGCGAUGUGCUCCACCAAGAACCAGGACACUACGACUACACGGGGGCGACUGCUCACUGCGGCCACGACACAGCGUCCUGGCAGCCAAGCCCGUCCUACUCGCCCUUUGCGAUGCCGUCGUACGACAUGGACAGCUACAAUGCUCCCGCUUCUGCGUUCUGUGAGCAUCAUCACACUACUCAUCCAGACGGCUUCGGAAUCGCCCCGAGUGUCAUGAUGGCACCUGACCAGUCUCAUGCUCUUGUGAAGCAUGAGGAGUGGGACAGCCGCUUUCACUAA